AUGACUUGCUCAUCACUACUCCUGAGCUUCGUCAAGAGGACUUUCAAGGACUCGCACGGACAGCUAGUAGAUAAACUGGUCGAGAGAGCGCACAUUCUGGAAUCCAGCUUCGCAAACGAGAGACUACAACAACUCCGCGGUAUCGACCCGGGCGAGCGCAUGGGUCAUGGAGACAUCUUGAUCGCUCUGCCACCAGACCUUGAGCUUUCUGCCCCAGCUCCCAGCCCUCGCUCCAUGUCCCACACACGGAGCCAGAGCGAUCCUGUCCUUUCCCCUGGCUUUUCAUCAUCUUCGACACUCAACGACAACAGCCAAAGCAACAGCCCAACUACGAAACGGUCAAACCGCCACAUGUCUUUUGUCUACGUACACGAAGAGAAGCCUCUUGCUUCUUCUGCGCCAGAGCAAUCAUCGUUCUUAUUACCAGCGACAACAUACGACGGGGGCGCCACCUCCCCACUGCGCGAGCGACCGAUCUCCAUGAUGCCCGCUACUCCAUCGGCUAAGAACUCGGAGCGCGUGAUCUCAUUGCUACCAUUCAGCCCACACAACACGGAGGCCCCGCAACAAAACCAGCAGUUCUUUAACACGCCCAGAACGCCCUACUCUGGCCGCGAGCGACCCAUUUCUUUUACAUUCCCAUUCGACCCGAAGCAGCCUUUUGACCGCAAGUCGAACUCUCAGCCUUCUCAAUCGGAGCAGCAGAACCUGCUUGACGAUAUUGAUGACGCUAUUGAUGAGUUCAUGUACACUCUACCUGCGACUGCAUACAACACGCUACCCGCAACGAGAUACAACUCCAAUUCACCCAUCCUCUCUAACGCCACAUAUACCCCGACUGCUCCAACUCCAGCUCCCGAGCCUGUUCUAUCGAGCGCAAAGUACGACCCCAAGCACGAACGAAAGGACUCGUUUAUGCCGUACACGCCAUUCGUACCCGUCGAGGAAGACGAGCGACCACCGGUCCCGCUCAAAGACGACAAGUACCGCAAGGGCAGCAUCCGAGGAUAG